AUGGAGUACACGGCCACAGAGAGAGCCAGCUGCCAAGAUGCCAGACCCACUCUGCCUGCCUGCUUCUUCUUCCUUGCUUUCACCUCUGCCUGCUACUUCCAGAACUGUCCAAGAGGAGGCAAGCGUGGCCUGCCCGACACAGAGCUAAGACAGUGCCUCCCCUGUGGUCCUGGGAGCAAAGGACGCUGCUUUGGACCCAACAUCUGCUGUGGGGAAGAGCUUGGCUGCUACAUGGGCACUGCUGAGAGUCUGAGGUGCCAGGAAGAGAGCUACCUGCCCUCCGCGUGUCAGUCUGGCCAGAAACCCUGCGGGAAUGGAGGACGCUGUGCUGCUGCUGGAAUCUGCUGCAAUGAUGAGAGCUGUAUGAUGGAACCAGCCUGCCGAGAGGAGGCCGGCAGCCGGAGAAGGGUAAGGGCCAGUGAGAAAAGCAAUGGAACCCAGCUGGAUGGGCCAGCCAGUGCCUUCCUCCUUCGUCUGGUACAGUUGGCAGGCCAACAGAUGGGUGAGCUGCAGCCACAACCUCAAGAGGAAGAAGUUGCCUAUUGA